UUGCAGACCUGUUUUUCGGCACCGCGGUUUCCUGACGGCGGCCCCCCGGUUAAUCGGGCGUCCCCCCACCAUCACCGUUCUACAGAGGAAGAAAGGGGGAGACGGGAAACCUUUACUGAAAGCUUUCACACAAAUAUGAGCGGCACCGGGCGGGCCAGGACCAGCUCAUUCGCUGAGCCUCCCGGAGCUCCCGGAUCUGCUGCAGCCGGUGCCGGAUCGGCAGUCGCCGGCGGAAGCUCGACAGGAAAAGCUGGGGCUUCGCAAGCCAGUGGAAGCAGCUCGACGAGCUUUGGGAAUUUGAAACUGCCAAGAGACAGCGGCAAAGUGACAACGGUGGUAGCCACACCCGGUCAGGGCCCUGAUCGCCCCCAGGAAGUGUCCUACACAGACAUAAAAGUUAUAGGGAAUGGCUCCUUUGGAGUGGUCUACCAGGCCCGCCUCAUUGACACGCAGGAGAUGGUGGCAAUUAAGAAAGUCCUCCAAGACAAGAGGUUUAAGAAUAGAGAGCUGCAAAUUAUGAGGAAACUGGACCACUGCAACAUUGUGAGGCUACGUUACUUCUUCUACUCGAGCGGAGAGAAGAAAGACGAGGUGUAUUUGAAUCUUGUGCUGGAUUUUGUUCCUGAGACAGUGUACAGGGUGGCUCGGCACUUCAACAAAGCCAAAAGCACCAUCCCCAUCAUCUAUGUUAAGGUGUACAUGUACCAGCUGUUCCGCAGUCUGGCUUAUAUCCAUUCCCAGGGCGUGUGUCACAGAGACAUCAAGCCUCAGAACCUCCUGGUGGACCCGGAGACGGCAAUCCUCAAGCUCUGUGACUUUGGCAGCGCCAAGCAGCUCGUUCGAGGGGAGCCCAAUGUGUCCUAUAUUUGCUCGCGGUACUAUCGUGCCCCAGAGCUCAUAUUCGGCGCCACCGACUACACGUCCAACAUCGACAUCUGGUCAGCCGGCUGCGUGUUAGCGGAGCUGCUGCUGGGCCAGCCAAUCUUCCCCGGGGACAGCGGAGUGGACCAGCUAGUAGAGAUCAUCAAGGUUUUGGGGACGCCAACAAGGGAGCAGAUCCGUGAGAUGAACCCGAACUACACAGAGUUCAAGUUCCCACAGAUCAAAGCACACCCCUGGACAAAGGUCUUUAAGCCCCGCACCCCGCCAGAGGCCAUCGCCCUCUGCUCUCGACUGCUGGAAUACACGCCCGUGACCAGACUGUCUCCCCUGGAGGCCUGCGCGCACGCCUUCUUCGACGAGCUGCGCCAGCCCAACACCCGCCUGCCCAGCGGGCGCGAACUGCCGCUCCUCUUCAACUUCAGCCCUGUGGAGCUGUCUAUCCAGCCGCAGCUGAACUCCACGCUCAUUCCUCCUCACGCUCGUGCACAGACAUCGCCUGCCUCACACGAGGGCAGCGUGUCGGACAGUACCGGCCAGCCCAGCUCAGCACCUGGAUCCAUCAACAACAGCACCUGA